GAAGGAACCGGAAAUUGCCUAGCCAGCCAGACUGAGGGGGCGGGCCUGGCCCUCUCCGGGUAUCUUGAUUGGGCGUCCUCCUGAACCGGGCAGCUGAUUGGUGGAUUCCCGAGGCGGCGGCGGCGGCGGCGGCGCGCACAACUGUUGUCAGUCGGGGAAGAUGGAGGAGCUGAGUCAAGCCCUGGCUGGUAGCUUCUCUGUGUCCCAAGAUCUGAACAGCACGGCCACCCCCCACCCCCGCCUGUCCCAGUACAAGUCCAAGUAUAGCUCUUUGGAACAGAGUGAGCGGCGGCGCCGGUUACUAGAGCUGCAGAAAUCCAAGCGGCUGGAUUAUGUGAACCAUGCCAGAAGGCUGGCUGAAGAUGACUGGACAGGGAUGGAAAGUGAGGACGAAGACACAAAAGAUGACACAGAAAUGGACAUUGACACUGGCAAGAAGUUACCAAAGCGCUAUGCUAAUCAGUUGAUGCUGUCUGAGUGGCUGAUCGAUGUCCCUUCAGAUUUGGGGCAAGAAUGGAUUUUGGUCGUAUGCCCUGUUGGAAAGAGGGCCCUGAUCGUCGCUUCCAGGGGCUCCACCAGUGCCUACACCAAGAGUGGCUACUGCGUCAACAGAUUUCCUUCUCUUCUGCCCGGAGGCAACAGACGAAACUCCACCACCGCCAAAGAUUACACCAUCCUAGAUUGCAUUUACAGCGAGGUGAGCCAGACCUACUAUGUCCUGGAUGUGAUGUGCUGGAGGGGACACCCUGUCUAUGACUGCCAGACUGAUUUCCGAUUCUACUGGAUGCAGUCAAAGCUACCAGAAGAAGAAGGAUUAGGAGAGAAAACCAAGCUCAAUCCUUUUAAAUUUGUGGGACUGAAGAAUUUCCCUUGUACUCCUGAGAGCCUAUGUAACGUGCUGGCUAUGGAUUUCCCUUUCGAGGUAGACGGACUCCUCUUCUAUCACAGGCAGACCCACUACAGCCCCGGAAGCACACCCUUGGUGGGCUGGCUGCGCCCCUACAUGGUAUCAGACAUCCUGGGCGUGGCUGUACCCGACGGCCCCCUGACCGUGAAGCCGGAGUAUGCAGGGCACCAGCUGCAGCAAAUCAUUGAGCACAAGAGAAGCCAAAAGGACCCGAGGGAGAAGCUCACACUCGAGGCGUUUGAGACUGGGCACUAUGAGCUGGAGCACCUGUCCACCCCCACACACCCUCCUCCCCAGGACCCCGGCCAGCCUGGAGGCUGCAUGGAAACCUAAGCAGGCAGCCUCCUGAGGAGUUGGGAACAGGCUCAGAGGGGUACCAGGGAGGACAGUGAUCACCACAGGUGACUUGGUUUUACUCCAGUAGCAACUAUUUCUCACCUAUCUUAAAAUGCUGAAUCAAAAAAUAAAAAAUAAAAUGCUGAGUCAGGCAGCUAGAGAGGUGGCAUUUGCAUGGGAUUGAACAGUUCCUACUGCAAUAAGUGUAUCUGAGAUCUGCAAUGUAAAUAUGUAUAAUUCUUAGAAGUUGUUAGCCAAACAUUGAUGGCUUACACCUUGGAAUCCCAGUGCUUGGGAGGCUGAGGCAGAAUGAUCACCAUCAGUUCAAGAUCAGCCUGGACUAUGCAGUGAAACCCUGUCCCCAAAAAACAAAAAAUAAAACAACCACAACAAAAAGAACAAAAACAGAAA